AUGGCUGUCAUGCCCCUGAAAGUCUGGAACCAGGCGGUGGUGACCUUUGAGGAUGUGGCUGUUUACUUCACCCAGACAGAAUGGGCUGGCCUUUCUCCUGCACAGAGGGCCCUGUACAGAAGUGUGAUGCUGGAGAUCUGUGGGAACUUGAUGUCCCUGGGAUACCCAAUUCCCAAACCUACAUUAGUCUCACUUCUAGAGAGAGGGGAUUUGCUUGCGGGCCUGGAGACACAGGAUAAUCCUCCUGCACAGGGGACCGAAGACAUCUAUAAAAAUGCCAGGACCCACAUGGAUAGUGAAUUAACACCAACAUGGGGAAUUUCUGAAGAAAGAGACAUGAUGAUGUCACAUGGACCACAGAAGAACGUUCUUAACAAAAGCAGCUUCCUAGAAACAUGUGAACUGGAGCAACACCAGGAAAUCCCCAUAUGUGAAGAGUGUGGGAGAGCCUUUAACGAUAAUGCAAAUCUGAUUAGGCAUCAGAGAAUCCACAGUGGGGACAGACCCUAUUUCUGUAGGGAGUGUGGAAAUGGUUUCACCAGUAGUUCAGAGUUUGUUAUACACCAGAGAAUUCACACUGGAGAGAAACCUUAUAAGUGUAAUGAGUGUGGAAAAGCUUUUGUUGGUAAUUCACCACUUCUGCGACAUCAGAAAAUCCACACUGGAGAGAAACCAUAUGAGUGUAAUGAGUGUGGCAAAAGCUUUGGAAGGACUUCUCAUCUUAGUCAGCAUCAGCGUAUUCACACAGGGGAAAAGCCUUACUCUUGUAAAAUAUGUGGGCAAGCCUUCAAUUUCCGUACAAAACUAACUCGGCACCAGCGAGUCCACAGUGAGAGAAUCCACACUGGAGAGAAACCUUAUGAAUGUAAAGACUGUGGAAAAGCUUUCAAUGUUAAUGCAAAAUUAAUUCAACAUAAGCGGAUCCACACUGGAGAGAAACCUUAUGAAUGUACUGAGUGUGGGAAAGGCUUCAGGUGCAGUUCCCAGCUUAGGCAGCAUCAGAGCAUCCACACUGGAGAGAGGCCUUUUCAGUGUAAGGAGUGUGGAAAGGCCUUUAGUAGUAAUGCAAAACUCAUUCAGCAUCAAAGAAUUCACACAGGGGAGAAACCCUAUGAGUGUACUGAAUGUGGAAAAGCCUUUGGUGUCAAAGGGAAAUUAAUCCAGCACCAGAGAAUACACACGGGUGAGAAACCCUAUGAGUGUAAAGAAUGUGGCAAAACCUUCAGGUGUAAUUCCCAGCUUCGGCAGCAUCUGAGAAUCCACACUGGGGAGAAGCCCUAUGAGUGUAAUGAGUGUGGAAAGGCCUUCAACGUUAAUGCGAAAUUAAUGCAGCAUCAGAGGAUUCACACUGGGGAGAAACCCUUUGAAUGUAAUGAGUGCAGGAAAUGCUUUACUUCUAAAAGAAACCUACUUGAUCAUCACCGAAUCCAUACUGGAGAAAAGCCCUACCAAUGUAAGGAAUGUGGGAAAGCGUUUAGUAUCAAUGCCAAACUAACUAGGCAUCAGAGAAUACACACUGGGGAGAAACCUUUCAAAUGUAUGGAAUGUGAGAAAGCAUUCAGCUGUAGUUCUGACUAUAUUGUGCAUCAGAGAAUCCAUACUGGAGAGAAACCCUUUCAGUGUAAGGAGUGUGGAAAAGCCUUCCAUGUUAAUGCUCAUUUAAUUCGGCAUCAAAGAAGCCACACUGGUGAGAAACCCUUCAGAUGUGUGGAGUGUGGCAAAGGCUUCAGCUAUAGUUCUGACUGUAUUAUACAUCAGACAGUUCAUACUUGGAAGAAACCCUAUGUGUGUAAUGUGUGUGGGAAAGCCUUCAGGUUUAGCUUCCAACUUAGUCAGCAUCAGAGCAUUCACAGUGAAGAAAAGUCCUCAUGA